GGUUCUUCAUUUGGGCAGUAAGAUGGAGACGAGUAGCAGCGCCAGCAAUGACGGUGGCGGAGCCGCCGCGUGGAAGGCGGAGGAAGCAAUUGCCGGAAACGUCGAAGCUCUGCAGGCUCUGCGGGAGUUAAUAUCUUACCCGAUACUUUACUCUCGGGAGUCCCGAAUACUCGGCCUCAAGUGGCGUUGUGGUUUGCUGCUGUACGGCCCACCUGGCACGGGGAAGACAAGCUUGGUUCGAGCUGUAGUUCGUGAGUGUGAUGCGCAUUUGAUUGUCAUUAGUCCUCAUUCUGUUCAUAGAUCACAUGCGGGAGAAAGUGAAAAAAUCUUACGCGAGGCUUUUGCUGAAGCAACAUCUCGAGCAAAAUUGGGCAAGCCUUCGGUUAUCUUUAUAGAUGAAAUAGAUGUACUUUGUCCUCGUCGAGACUCUAGGAGGGAACAAGAUAUUCGUAUAGCUUCACAGCUCUUCAUGCUGAUGGAUGCAAACAAAUCUUUAUCAACAUCCGGAUACCAUUUUGUAGUGGUUGCAUCAACUAAUAGAGUGGACGCAAUUGAUCCUGCAUUAAGACGCGCAGGACGUUUUGAUGCUGAGGUUGAAGUUUCCACACCCAAUGAAUAUGAGCGCUGUCAAAUACUAAAGCUCUACACAAAGAAGCUUCCGUUGGAUCCCAGUGUUGACCUAGAAGCUAUAGCUGCAUCUUGCAAGGGUUAUGUUGGGGCAGAUAUAGAAGCUUUAUGCCGUGAGGCUACCAUGUCUGCAUUGAGCAAAUCUUCUGAUGUACAUCAAGAUGGUGGAAAUUGUCUGAUAACAGUUGAUGACUGGAAGCAUGCUAGAUCAGUGGUUGGUCCCAGUAUAACAAGAGGUGUUACUGUGGAAGUUCCUAAGGUCUCUUGGGAAGAUAUUGGAGGAUUAAAAGAUUUGAAGAAAAAGCUUCAGCAAGCAGUUGAGUGGCCUUUAAAACAUUCUUCAGCAUUUUCACGGCUGGGAGUAUCACCCAUCCGCGGUAUUCUUCUUCAUGGGCCUCCAGGAUGCUCGAAAACAACCCUUGCAAAGGCUGCUGCUUGCGCUGCGCAAGCUUCUUUUUUCUCUCUGAGUGGUGCAGAACUAUAUUCCAUGUAUGUGGGUGAGGGUGAAGCUUUGUUGCGUAAUACAUUUCGAAAAGCUAGUCUUGCUGCACCUAGCAUAAUAUUUUUUGAUGAGGCUGAUGUGGUUGCUGCCAAAAGAGGAGGAAACUCAAGUGGGAGCUCAAUCGUUGGGGAGCGACUUCUGUCAACUUUGCUAACUGAAAUGGAUGGCCUAGAGCAGGCUAAAGGAAUUCUUGUUUUGGCUGCUACAAAUCGUCCUCAUGCUAUUGAUGCUGCACUUAUGCGUCCUGGACGGUUUGACUUAGUGCUUUACGUCCCACCGCCAGAUUUAGAAGCUCGAUAUGAAAUCCUCCGUGUACAUACACGUAACAUGAAAGUAGAUGGUGACGUUGAUCUCCACCAAAUAGCACAAGAUACUGAGCUCUUCACAGGAGCUGAGCUGGAGGGGCUAUGCCGUGAAGCAGGAAUUGUGGCUCUCAGAGAGGACAUAUCAGCCACAGUCGUGUGCAACAGACACUUCCAGAUUGUAAUGAGAUCACUAAGACCAGCGCUUACCAGAGAAGAGAUUAAUUCAUAUGCUUCAUUUCUGAAGAAUCCAAAUCUAAGGCCUAACGUCCUAUCUGAACCCAGCUCCAAAUUGAAAAGCAAGGGUGGUAACAAGAGUAUAUUCCGUUCAGCAGCUCCUGUUACAGUUGGUGUUAUCAGUUUGAUUCUAUAUGGUGUUGUAAAGUAUAUUUCUCACCAGAUUGAUACUACAUAUACAGAACUAGUAAGGACAUAGACGUUUUCAUGUUAUUGCGCGUGCAACAUCAACAACAUGAAUACUGUUAUAACUUUAUUUAUCUCUUUCUAUGUAUAAGGCAAAGGACGCCCAGGACAUUCCAACCUUUCUUUUAUUGUAUGUCUGUACUUCAAGAAUCCAAUCAAUUGAGUGUUAUUAUUAA